AUGGGAGUUUUUCUCCGUUUGUUCUUCAUCUCUGUGGCGCUCCCCCACGGAGAAGUUCUAUCUUGCCCGGAUGAUGAAUGCCGCAUACUGGCAUUCCCACCCACUUUGUCCUUCGUGAGACAACGUCUUGUCAACCACACCAUAGCAAACAUCAGUGUGAUUGACAGGGACACGUCCGAGUAUUGUUGCAACUUGGACCACAACUGCGCCAGUGUUAACUUUUCUUUUGGAGAAAAUGGAGCAGAAGCACACAACUGUGAACUAAACAACUCAACGGGUAAAGAAUAUGAUAAGGAUCUCGUAAAAGCAGCGAACUAUCUAUAUCACGGAACUUAGAAUUUUUGCGUUCAAGCUCCAUGCAAGAAUGGCACCUGCCAGUCGGGAUUUACAAGAAAACGAUAUCGAUGUUUAUGUGCGUCUGGAUUCACUGGCCACGAUUGUGAAAAAGACAUUGACGAGUGUUCUAAAAACAGCCAUAACUGCAGCUACACAACAGCCACCUGCACCAAUACCAGGGGAUCAUUCAAGUGCAUUUGUAAACCUGGAUUCAGUGGUGACGGACACAAUUGCACAGACAUCAAUGAAUCUGCCAAUGAUACCCACAACUGCAGCAGGGACAAUGCCACUUGUUCAAACACCGCGGGGUCAUUCAACUGUUCUUGCAAUCCUGGAUUUACUGGUGAUGGACACAUCUGCCAAGACAUAGAUGAGUUUGUUCAUGAUACCCACAUCUGCAGCAGGGACAAUGCCACUUAUACAAAUACAGAGGGAUUGUUCAACUGCUUUUGUAAUCCUGGAUUCAACGGGGAUGGACACAACUGUGCAGGUGUGAGAAUUUAUGUGCAGACAUCGAUGAAUGUACUGGAGAUACCCACAACUAUAGCAGAAACAAUUCUACAUCCACAAAUACCGAGGGAUCGUUCAACUGCUCCUGUAAGCAGGGAUUCACUGGAAAUGGACACAAAUGCGAAGAUUUCUCUGGCUGCAGGUUCUUGUGGGUACACAGCGGCUGCCAAAGCCUUCAUUUUCUCCCUGUACAAGGUGCAUGGUUACAAACCUGUUAAACUAGCUCAGUACUGGUAUCAGGGAUAUGCAAUCUACAGCUGCAGUAGUUAUGGACCAACGUUUGGGAGUUAUCUAGGGCAACAUGACAUCUACCUGCAAAAUAACGCUAGAAACAUCCAAAAGUCCCUUACCAUAUGUGGGUCAACUUACGCCGUCCCUACUGGUUUCACUGCGUUCGUCAAGUGCGUAUUCUUGCUAGAGGAGAUUAAAGUAGAAUUAUUUCAAACCUAG